AGCACAGUAAGAAGGAAAGAAAAGGUAAAGCAAACCAAACAAACAGACAGCAUUAUACGAAGAUGUCUGCGGUAGAUGUCGAGGAGCGGCAACCGGAGCAGCAGCCGCUGCAGCCCAUCUCAGCGUACGCGGGAUGUCUCACGCCUGAGUCGAAGGAAAAAGGUGACGCCGGCAUCUACGCGGCGAUGAACGCGAUGAUGCUCUCCCGUGCGCUCCGCGGCGCUACCGAUAGCCGCCUUGACCCCUCGCAGCUCCGCACCGCCGGCGUUACGGCUGCCGGCGGCGGGGUGGCCGGUGCUCGCGCGAACGGUGCCGCGGGCAGCAACAGCAACUGCAAGACCGUGCAGCUCGGGGUGGAACCGGAGGCCUUCCGCCACGGGGUCGGGGCGGCGGUGCAGUCCAUCUUGUCCGCCGCGGUGGUGGAGGCGGUCCAGUCCGCCGCAGGGGACGCAGACGUGUCUGCAGACGACGCACGCGCGGCCGUGCAGUGCGGGAUGGAGGGCGGCCUCUGCGGCACCUCCUCGACGGCGGUCGGGCUGCCGGAGGAGGUAGACGCCUUCACGCAGGUGCUGCCGCUGGUCCGUGAGAUGAAGCCACGGGAUCCAGUGAACUUCGAUGCCCUGCAGCGCCUUUUCGCUGUCAUGGAAGCCGCCGCUGCCGCCGCUGAUUCUGGUACUGGUGCAGGAACUGACAGCGCUGGUGUCUGCGCGUUGCUGCUCUCCAAAGGCAUCGUUGACCCGGCGAAGCAGCCACCGCCAUCCACCGCGGCGUGGGAGGCGAAGUACAACGAGCUGCAGGUCCGCUAUCCUCUUCCCACCCCUCCGUCCACGAAGGAUGAAGAUGGCAACCUGGGUGCGGGCGAGGAGGACGAGGAUGAGGACGAGGAGUCGGAGGCGGACCGGCAGCACAACGCGGCAUUGCAGGAGCGCUGCGCCACCCUGCACCUGCCGUACACGACGUACACGCAGGCCCUUCGCGACGUCGCAUCGUACGAGAUGCGCGUAUUCCCGCUGCUCUGCGAAUACCUCAGCCACAACGACGCGUGCCGUGUUCCCGCCGUAGUAGCUGCGGCAGGGGGCGUGGACGGUGACGCGGCUGCUGCGGCGCACGCCGCGACUCGCCAUCGCGCCUGCGCUAACGUGAAGGUGCUAAACUUGGCGAGCAACAACCUCGCCGCACCGGCAGUCCCGGCUGGGCAGGAGGACGGCACGCCGGUUCGCCCCCUCGCCCCGCUGCGCGCGCUGGCCGCCAUGAUCGACGCCAACGAGACGCUUCGCUACCUCAAUCUGCGCGACAACGCGCUGGGUCCGCGUGGGGUGGGCAUCGUUGCGAAGGCGCUCACUAAAAAUAUCGCCCUGACCGGGAUUGACCUGUCCGCCAACGCCUUGAACGGUGACGGCGCCGCUGACGUCGAGGAAGUCGAGGACCCGCUAUACGAAGAGGAGGACCCGGUGUUUGGCGAGACGCUGGAGGGCCUGGAGGCGCUGGCGGAGGUGCUGAAGAAGAACAAGUUUAUGCGGGUGCUGCGACUGGCCGAGAACGGGCUGCACACCGGGGAGGACUUAACCGGUCCUCCCCCGCCGGAGGAGGAGGACGAAGAGGAGGUGGUGGUCGAAGACGAAGACGAGGGCGGCGGUGCUGCCGGCAGUGCGCGGCGGUUGUUGUCGAUGGCCGAGGCGCAGGAGCGAUGGCAGGGGGCGCCGCUGUGGAACCUGCUGACGCCGCUCCAUCGCUACCACCGCCUCCGUGUGCUGGACCUCUCCAAGAACCUGCUCGGCAACACCGGCGCCCACAUGGUCGCCGUGGCCGUCGCCCACAACCACUCCAUUGAAGUGCUCGACCUCACCGACAACGCGAUCGGCUACAGCGGACUGAAUCACCUCGCCCGCUACCUUCUUGCGGGGUCGCCGUUACCGCCGUCGUCGUCCUACGCCGCACAGCAGCAGAGGCCGCAGCACGGGUGCGCCCUUCACACACUGAUUCUCCGACAGAACCCGCUCGCGUGCGUCGGCGGCGCCUCCGACGCCGCAACGGGGGUUGACGCACUGCAGCGGCGGAUGAGUAAGAAGCAGCAGCGGCAGGCAGCGGCAGCCGUGGCGAACUUCGCGGCUGGCCUGCAGCGUCACGGCCGGCUGCGUCGACUCAUCUUAGCGCACACCUACCUCGGCCCAGCGGCCAGCGCGGCGGUGCUGCGCGCGCUGGCCCACGUGCCGACGCUGGAGGAGCUCGACUUCAGCUUCAACGGCGCCUGCGGGGCGAACACCGCUACCUUCGACCCCGUCGCGGUUCCGCACAUCGCGGCGCUGCUGUAUCCCUCGUCAGCGAGGUCUCCUUCGCACCCUGCUGCCCUGCAGCGGCUGUGCCUGGACGGGAACAACCUCACCUCGGCCGGUUUGGCGGGUCUGCUGCCAGUAGAGGUGGACACCCCCGUCUGCCAUGCCCUGCGCGAGCUAACGCUCAGCCGCAACAACCUCGGCGACGCUCUGGAGCCGCUGGCGACGCUGCUGGCGUCGCGCCUGACCCGAUUAGAUCUGUCGUACAACGCGAUCAGCACGAUGGUGGCCCUCGUCAGUGACUUCCCGUUCGGCACUGCGCUGGAGGACUUAAACCUCAGCCACAAUAAGCUGGGGGUGCAGGAGGGCCUCCUGCGUGACCUUCCUGCGGCGCGGCAGGAGGCGGAGGUGAGCCAACUUUUCCGCUGCCUCGCGCAGAUGCCCCACUUGUCGGUUUUAGACAUCAGUUACAACGACUGGCGGUGCAUGCACAUCGAGCAGCUGGGGGCGAUCUUUGCCGAUCCGAACUUGGCGACGAACCUACGUAAGUUGGAUGUACGCCACACCCCGCGUGCGUCCGCCGCGCCGCUGAUGUCGCUGCUGCGGUCGGUGGCGACGCGGCCCACCGUGGAGGUCUUCCUCGCGUCGGUGCCGGUUAAAUCGGGGGAGACCGCCGCCGCCGCCGCAACGGAUGAUGAGUCCGCGAAGGCGGAAGAGGGUGAAUGGACGUACGACGCCGUUGUCGAGGCAAUCCACGCGGUGGUGUGGGGGAGUGCGACCCUCGUGGAUGUGGACUGCGGGCUGCGGCCCGGCGAUGCGGAGGGACGUGACACUGAGGCAGCGCAGGCAACGGAGGAGCUCAUUGCGCAGAUACGCGAACGUUUACUGCUGAAUGCGUUGAUGGCCGCCUCGACUCCGACCCUGCAGUGA